GAGCAAAGGGGGGGCUAGCAGAAACAAAAGGAAACCAGCUGCAGAACUUCCUGAAGGCGGAGAGGGGGGACGCGGGAGCGCGCAGCGCCGGGCGGGCGGGCGGGCAGCUGCCUGCGGCGCUGGGGAAGGGGGCGGCAGCCGGGACCCUGCCCCGCCACUCAGCAGUGGCCACCAUGACCAGCGCGAUCCUGAGGAGGAAUUCCAGCAAGCAGGGCCUGCAGAACCUCAUCAGGCUGACAGCGCAGUGGAGCGUGGAAGACGAGGAGGAGGCAGCAAGAGAGCGGCGGCGGCGGGAGCGGGAGAAGCAGCUGAGGUCCCAAGCAGAAGAGGGCUUGAAUGGCACCAGCUCCUGCUCGGAGAGCGCAGGCCCAGCACAGGAAAACCACUAUGACUUUAAGCCAUCCGGGACUUCGGAGCUGGAGGAGGAUGAGGGGUUCAGUGACUGGUCCCAGAAGCUUGAGCAGCGCAAACAGAGGUCUCCACGGCAGUCAUACAAAGAAGACGACGGUGGUGUGAGGGAAGCUGAAGUCAAACUGGAGCAGAUCCAGCUGGAUCGGGAAAGCCCGGAGGAGAUCCGGGAGGAGAAUGUGGUUUCUGGGGAGGAAGAAAGGCUGUGCCAAGAGGAAGAACGGGUCAGAGAGCAGGAGGAAGAGGAGAGAGCUGAGCAAGAGGAAAAGAAGAGAAGAAGAAAUGAAGAAGAAGAAGAAGAAACACCAGAAAAACGCCAGAAGGCUCCAAGCCCCACCAGCCUGGAAGAGGAGGAGCUGUGCUCUGACCACACCGCAGUGUGCUCCACGAAGAUCACGGACAGAACCGAGUCACUGAACCGCUCGAUAAAGAAAAGUAACAGCAUAAAGAAGACCCAGCCUCCUCUCCCUGUGUCGAAGAUCGAUGACAGGCUGGAGCAGUACACACAGGCUAUUGAGACAUCCACAAAGGCACCAAAACCUGUCCGACAGCCCUCUCUGGACCUUCCCACCACGAGCAUGAUGGUAGCCAGCACGAAAAGCCUCUGGGAGACUGGAGAGGUUGCAGCUCAGUCUGCCGUGAAGUCCCUGCCCUGUAAGGAUAUCGUGGCUGGAGACAUCGUGAGUAAAAGAAGCCUUUGGGAACAGAAGGGCAGCCCCAAACCUGAGACUAACACCAAGCCCACUCCUGGCAAAAAGUAUAAAUUUGUUGCAACAGGCCAUGGCCAAUACAAGAAGGUGUUGAUAGAUGAUGCUGCAGAGCAAUAGCAUGCCUGGAGAACUCAUUAACCAGCUGAGCUUGGUCCUGACUCAAUGCAACCCUCAAUGCCACUAUUUCCUCUGCUCCGCAGAAGAUAAUUGAAGGAUUUUUCUCUUCUCCUGCCUGAUGUCAGCCUACUUCAGUACAGCCUGACUCUUCUUGGGGUGUGAGCUAUACCCCGUGCUGCCUCCAGUUGGAUGAAAGGAACCAGAUCAGCUGGGAAAACCCAUCCCUGUUUUAUCCUUCUAUGUGACUCUUUGGCUUCUUUUUUUUAUUUUUUUUUUUAUUUUUUAUCUGGCUCUGCUAUGGAGAUGGGAGGCUGUGGCUCUGCUCCCUCUCUCUCUCUCUUAAGUGUUGGAAGAGAGGGAUCUGCUGCCUUGCCGAGCUGGCAGGGCUUUUGCUACAUGAUGAGGAAUUUCUGCUUUUGUGGCUCUUGGUGGCUGGGUGGUGGGAGAGAGGGAGCUCAACAGAAACCUGGUUAAAAAAAAAAAAGUGUCUGAAAGAAGGGCAAUGGGCAGAUCCUGAGUGUGAGAAGACUGCAGGGACCACUUGUCACACUGUUGGUGCCAGCUGUGGGUAAAGCCUUCCCCUGUUACAACGCAGCCUCUGUCCCUCUACAACAUCUGCUUUGAGGGACUUCCAUCUACUCUGUGUACCUCAAAUCAUGUUCAACUUAGUCCUGUCUUUUCCUUUAGUUCCCAGAUCAUCCUUGAAUCACAGUUAUGUACCCAUGCCACGAUGUUCCUACUACUCUUCGGUCCUGACAGUGGCCAUAGCAGCUUUGCUUCAAAUAGCUGCUGCUUUCCUCUCCCUGUCUAACAGGGGUUGGAGGUCCCCUUUCCUAGGUGAGAAGUACUGAUCACUGGCAUUGUCUCCCUUCUUUGGGAAAGGGAUUUGCUCGUUCUCUGACCUGUGGGCUCCAGUGACCGAAACACUUCUGAAUGUCAGAGGUGGUGGGCAUGUCGAUAACCUGCCUGCUACGCUCCUGGAGGUGGGCAGGAUAUCUGGGAAAUGGCUGCUUCUCUUAUGCUGGAAGCUGCCUUGGUGAAAAGGCAUCUUAAUAAGUUGUUUUGGGAGGUCAGGGCUUGCUGUGAACAUGGGGAAACUGAGCCCCUAAAGAGUGGAACUCUGGCCUUGGACCUGAGAUCUGUAAAUCAGCUCCUAGGGCUGUUUCUGAGCUCUCCCAUGUCUUCAUGGUGUUAGCAUGUUCCCCAUCCCUUCUUUAAAGCCUUAUUCCUGCCCUCUUCCCAUGUCAACAUGAUUUUGCAACUUGUUUCUGCUCUCCUGGAGCGAGGGCAAUUUCUCUCUCUUCCUGCAUCAGUUUGCUUUCUGCUUAUAUUUACUGUGUGUCCUGGAUUAUUUUUUUUUUUGUACGCAUUUAAUAAAAUCUGAGAAAGAUGUUGUAA